UGGCUCGGCUGUCCGAGCUGAGUUCAGCGGUUUGUGGAAUGUUUUGUGAACUAGACGCGGACGCUCUUGGACGUGGAAGCAGCUUUGUGCUUGGAUAGUCCUCUGAAAAACUCCCUGAACGCAGAAUAAGAGCAGUUAUCCGGUCCGUGAGGGCAGAACAGGAACUCGUAAGACUGCUAUGAAUUUAAAGACGUCGGAACAAAAAAAAAGGAAGACAACGAGUCAAGCAGUGGAUCCGGUGGAAUUUAUCAUUCAACACCGUCGAAACUGAGGUUUCCCUGUUAGCUAAGUUGUGUGUUGAGUAAAAGCUGUAUGUUCCCCUGCUAUUUCCCGACCGACUUAAAGGCGUUAUACUGGAAAAAAAAGAAGUUAAAUGUGUCCUCUGAUAUUUCAUGGACUCCAUGUGAUGGUGUGAGGAUGGGACAGAGUGGUGCUGGAGGUGACUGCAGCCCUGGAGGCUGAUGAACGCGCUCCAUCGGCCGGUCAGGAUGCACAUAGCUUCGGUGGGUGUCAGCAAGUUCUGCUUCCUGUUUUCCAUUGCGUUCUGCGGCCUCCUGCUUCUGCUCAUCCCAACCCUCCAGCCCCCAGCUCGCCAGGUGGACCUACCUCAGCCCAGACCCCAAAUCAGACCUACGCAGACGGGCCCAUCGCACCAUACCAGUGCUCCAGCGGUGCCUGUCCAUGCUGGGGAAACGGACUCAGCCGCGGGGCUAAAUGGGAGCUCAGCGGGGCAGGGGGGAUCCAUGGACACUGAACUUACCAGAAAUGACGAGAGGGGAAGGGACUCUGAACAUAUCCUAGAAAGAGGGGCUCUUCCUGGAAGAAACGGUGGUGGACUUUCAGGGUCUAGGUCCAAUGAGCCAUUAGAGCUGAAGGACAUUUUUAUUGCUGUGAAGACUACCAGGAAGUACCACAAGUCCAGACUGGAGCUGCUGAUUCAGACCUGGGUUUCCCAAGCUAAAGAACAGACCUACAUGUUCACAGAUGGUGAGGACAGGGAGCUGCAGAUGAGAACAGGAGCUAACAUCAUCAACACUAACUGCUCGGCGGCUCACACCCGACAGGCUCUGUGCUGCAAGAUGUCUGUGGAGUACGACAAGUUCAUCGAGUCUCAGAGGAAGUGGUUCUGCCACAUGGAUGAUGAUAACUAUGUGAUUCUGCCCAGCUUGCUGCGGCUGCUCUCCUCCUACCACCACAGCCAGGACGUGUACCUGGGCCGGCCCAGUCUGGAUCACCCCAUAGAGGCUGCAGAGAGAGUCAAGAGCGAUGGAUCCGUGUCUGUGAAGUUCUGGUUCGCCACAGGUGGAGCAGGUUUCUGUAUCAGCAGGGGUCUGGCACUGAAAAUGAGCCCGUGGGCCAGUUUGGGGAAUUUCAUCAGCACGGCGGAGAAGAUCCGCCUCCCGGACGACUGCACCAUCGGCUACAUCAUCGAGGCCCUGCUGGAGGUCACCCUGACUCAGACGCAGCUCUUCCAUUCUCACCUGGAGAACCUGCAGAAGCUGCCCACUGACUCAGUGCUGGAGCAGGUGACUCUCAGCUACGGAGGCUUUGAGAACAGGAGGAAUGUGGUCAGCGUCGUUGGAGGUUUUUCGCUGGCUGAAGACCCCACGAGGUUUAAGACAGUCCACUGUCUUCUGUACCCAGACACCGACUGGUGUCCAAAGCUGAAGCCUCGCCACAGAAACUGAAAGCCCGCCAUGUCUUUUUUUCCACAGCACUGACUCCGCUGAACCUUUACCCCACCGCCUCACUCCUCUGAGGUCAGGUCAAGCUACGCGUAGCUGGGAGUACUUUAUCUAAAGCAGCCUUUUUAUAUGUACAGAAAAAAAUCCUGCCUUUAUCAUUGAAGCUAAGGUGAAGGCAGGAAGUAGGAAAGCUCAGCCUAAUGCUUUGGCUCCAUCCACUGUGGUUUUAACUUUACCAGCGGUUAAACCGCGAACUGGGCUGGGUUACUGGCCUAAAUAUUUCUGAUGCUGUGCUGUGGUUAUGGCUGACAGCUGUCCAGUGCUCUGAGCUGUGAUGGGUCUUUUGGCUCAAACAGUCAGAUCCUGUGUAGUUUUAUGAGAUUUAGUUGUAAAGCUUGACUUUAAACUUAAAUCAAAGGUUGACAGUACGUGAAGGAGCCCACAGUAUUAUCAUUACCCUGAGCCGUCUGCUCACCAGCAAAUGGAAAGCAGAUGCAUGUGAAAAAUGGAUGAGGUACUUUUAAAGAGUCUGAGGAAGACGUGUUGAAUUUUCUUUUCUUUUUGUCUGAGACAUGAAUUGAACCGAAGUUUGCUACGAUCAGAAAUGAUCUGAUGUUUGCUCAGUGCACAGAACCUGUGUGGAAGGUGUGUGUGCUGUCAGUGUCCUGACUCCCUCAUAUUCUCAGCCAAAUACCUUCUUCUUCUUCUUCUGUUUUAUGGUUUUGCACUGCUUUGAUUGUAUCAUUUCCUGUACGUUACUGACUGUACCUACAUGUUACAGUGUCGUGGACAUAUGUUGUUGUUUUUUUUUUGUUGUUGUUGUUGUUUGUUGGAGUUAUGAUGCAGUCAGACCAAAAUAAUUAUAGUUUGUGUGAUGUGGCCUAAAGCAGGAGGGGAUAGGAAGCAGUUUUAACAGAACCUGUAGGAGCUAACGUGGCUAGCAGGCUAACAGCUGUCCAGACAUGGACGCGUCCCGGUCCGUUCCUCGUAGACAUGAACAGGAAGUGAAUUUUGGUCUGACUUCACCAUUUGACUUCAGUGGGUGGAGCC